AUGGAGCUUAUUAAAGAGGAGAGUGAAGACGUGAGGAUUGAAGAAGCUUUCAAACAUGAAGAUCCUGAGCAACAACAAACAAAGAUGGAGGUUAUUAGAGAGGAGACUGAAGACGUGGAGAAUGAAGUCAAGCAUGAAGAUCCUGAGGAACAAACGGUCCACAUGAGAACUCACACUGGGGAGAAAGGUUUAGAUGUCACUGAUAGGAAUCACCUUAAGAAUCAUGUACAACAUCACAUUGUAGAGAAGCCUCACACAUGCCCUCACUGUGAAAAGAGUUUCACACAAAGAGUAAAGCUGGAGGAGCAUAUAAUAAUUCACACUGGAGAGAGACCUUUCACCUGCCCUCAGUGUGGAAAGAGUUUCAAACAGAAAAAAAACCUUAAUGUCCACAUGAAAACUCACACUGGAGAGAAGCGUUUCGGCUGCAAACUGUGUGAGAAGAGCUUCACACGAAAAGAAACCUUUAAGGGUCACAUGGCAAUUCACAAGGGAGAGAAUCCUUUUGAUUGUGAUCAGUGUGGAAAGAGUUUCAGAUAUAAAAGAAACCUUAAGCAUCACAUGAGGAUUCACGCUGGAGAGAAAAGUUUCACUGACGGAAAUCACCUUCAGAAUCCUGUACAACAUCACACAUGCCCUCACUGUGAAAAGAGUUUCAAACAAAGAGUAAAGAUGGAGGAGCACAUAAGAAUUCAUACUGGAGAGAAACCUUUCACCUGCCCUCAGUGUGGAAAGAGCUUCACAAGUAAAGGAUACCUUAGGAUUCACAUUAGAGCUCACACUGGAGAGAAGCCUUACAAGUGUCCCCAGUGUGAAAAGAGUUUCACGUAUCACACAGACCUGAAACGGCAUUUGCAAACUCACUCUGUAAAGAUAAUUCUGAUUUCCACAGUGUGACGAGAGGUUUAGAAAAAGGAGGCAAUAGGAAAUGUUUCUUUUAGAAAACAAUGUUACUUUCACACACCACAGCUGAAAGGGAGCUUCAUCUGAUUUAACUUUUUGACUUUUUUUUAUUAAAUUUGUUUCAAUGUUAUACUUUACCUUUUUAUUCUUCACCUGACCAUCUUCUUUGCUAUAGUUUCAAAUAUUAAGCAGACACCCUUUAAUUUAGACCAGGGGACGGCAACAAAUAGAGAAAACUGCAUACCAAUGUUCAUUUUGAGGUCCUCUGCACAAUAUGAUUUUGCUGCAGUUGGAAUUGAACUGCUGGUUCGUCUGGCCAGAGGAGAACUGGCCCCCGACUGAGACUUGGUU